CAAACCAUUUCCGGGUCAGGGAUCUUGGGGGAAAGGUAGAGUACAGUAUGUGGGAAUAGUUCAGUGUCCCUUAGUGCUUGGGCUCCGUGUCUCCAGCGCCAUACGUUAUUUCUGGGGAUGAUUCUGGCUCAUCCCCAGGACUUGGGCUGCUGUCUCUGAAAGCUGUGUCCCGCAGCAUGAUGCCACAACUCGGACUCUUGCCCAGGAGGGCCUGCGCUGCGCUGCUCAGCCAGCUCCUGCGCCGCGCUGCGUGCAACCAUGCUGUCGGUUACCAUAGCCAGUUGAGAAAACGGAGGAUGCAAGGUUAAAUGACUUACCUGCACAUUGUGGAGGCUGUGUUAACAUCCCAACUGAAACCAUAUCAAAAGAAACCAAAUUUUAUCAAGAUCCCAAAGGGCACCAGGGAUCUUAGUCCCAAGCAGAUGGUUGUGAGGGAGAAAAUUCUUGAUAUGGUUAUCAGUUGCUUUAAACGUCAUGGAGGAAAGGGAUUGGAUACCCCAGCAUUUGAACUAAAGGAAAUGCUCACUGAGAAGUAUAAUGAGCAGUCUGGGCUCAUGUAUGAUCUGGAGGAUCAAGGUGGAGAGCUGUUGUCCCUUCGUUAUGACCUUACUGUCCCUUUUGCCCGUUAUCUGGCCAUGAAUAAACUGAAGAAGAUGAAACGCUACCAAGUUGGAAAGGUGUGGCGAAGGGAGAGUCCAUCCAUAGUCCAAGGCCGCUAUCGGGAGUUCUACCAGUGUGAUUUUGAUAUUGCUGGUCAGUUUGACCCUAUGAUCCCUGAUGCAGAAUGUUUGAGGAUCAUAUAUGAAAUACUAAGUGGGUUGCAGCUGGGAGAUUUUCUCAUUAAGGUCAAUGAUCGGCGAAUUAUAGAUGGGAUUUUUGCUGUCUGUGGUGUUCCUGAAAGCAAAUUCCGUACAAUCUGUGCCUCGAUGGACAAACUAGACAAGAUAUCUUGGAAAGAUGUGAGACAUGAAAUGGUGGCAGAGAAAGGCCUGGCUCCUGAGGUGGCUGAUCGAAUUGGGGACUAUGUCCAACAUCAUGGUGGUGUAUCUCUGGUAGAGCACAUGCUCCAGGAUCCCAGACUAUCCCAGAACAAGCAGGCCCUAGAGGGCUUAGGGUCCUUGAAGCUUCUUUCUGAAUACUUGACUUUAUUUGCAAUCAUGGAGAAGAUCUCCUUUGACCUGAGUCUUGUUCGGGGCCUGGACUACUAUACAGGAGUGAUCUAUGAAGCUGUUUUGCUACAAACCCCAGCUCAGGCUGGAGAGGACCCCUUGAAUGUGGGCAGUGUGGCUGCUGGUGGGCGCUAUGAUGAGCUGGUGGCCAUUUUUGACCCUAAUGGCCACAGAGUGCCAUGUGUGGGGCUGAGCAUUGGAAUAGAGAGAAUCUUCCAUAUUGUGGAACAGAGGAUGAAGACUUCUGGUAAGAAAGUUCGAACCACAGAGACUCAGGUGUUUGUGGCCACACCCCAGAGGAACUUUCUUCGAGAACGGUUAAAGCUAAUUGCAGAGCUCUGGGAUGCUGGGAUCAAGGCAGAGAUGCUAUACAAGAAUAACCCCAAACUAUUACCCCAACUGCAGUACUGUGAGAAAAGAGGCAUUCCCCUGGUGGUCAUUAUUGGUGAGGAGGAACAGAAGGAAGGGGUCAUAAAGCUCCGUUCAGUGGCCACCAGAGAGGAGGAGGCCAUUAAACGGGAACAUCUUGUGACUGAAAUUCAGAAGCGACUGUCUCAGUCUUGAGGCUUGCGUGAUUGCCAUCUGGUGCUCUGUGUAUAGAAGUUUUCAUCUAGCAUUGAGUUCCUGAUGAACUUCAUAACAGCUGGCCAGCAUGGGUGACAAGUCCUUUCAGCCUCCUCUCUCCUUGAAUACACAAGAAUGGGGAGACUCCUGGACUAGUGUAAACAGGUACUCUCCAUGGGGCCAGAUGGCAAUAAUGUGAAAGAGACACGCUACAGCAGAAGAGGCAGAUUUGAAGUGCCACUGAAUGCCACCUAGAGGUGCUAAAGUUGCUGUGAGCAAGGCUCUGGAAAAGACCUCUCCAGGUUGAAGAUACUGAACCACUGACAUCAGAGACCAGAUACUUAGCUUUCCACUUAGCUUUGGAACUAGAUUCUGGGAAAUUUGUCCACAUCCAGCCUUUGGCUUGUCCAUGAAGUUUUGGGAAUACAGCUGAGAUAGACAGUGACAACUUUCUGCUUUGAGGACACAAAUAUUGUAUGAUCCCAGGGGCUCGGCUGUGCCUAUAUCAAUCUGGCAUCUUUUUAGCCCAACCCCUGUUAACAGUAGCAGGAUGGGGCUGGUAUUUAACAAUCUGGAAUACUGAACUUAAUGGAUGAUUUGGCAAGAUGGAGAUCUGAUCUGAGAUUUUGAAGACCAUUUCCUGUUCUAGAAUUGCUGUCCUGACUUUCUGUACCUUGCCAUGAAGGCUUUUCUAGAAGUGGUUGAAUAAUAUGUUAAAUAAAAUGUUAAGUAUA